CUGAAUGAGCGUUCUGUGCAGCAGCUGCUGCUGAGAGAGCUCAGGCUGCUUCAGAUGAUGCAGAGAAAAGCUGAUUUUCAUGCUGGUUUUUGGCUCAACAGGCCCCGGCUUUGUGGACGCUCAGCAGCUGACUGCCUCAUGCUGGAAUCAGAAGUUAAAACCAGAACGACAGAUAUGAUCUGUGACCUCUCUUUAAUUUGCUUCUCUUUAGAUACAGUGAAGAAGAAAUGGCAGCCCAUCUAGACCAUAAGACCAGUGCCUUACAAAGAGUUUCCAGUCUACCUUUGGUCCGCUCAGCGUUACAGUCGGUGACAUCAGCAUAUCUGGGGGUUAAAGAUCGCUACCCUCUGCUGGGUCUGGUGGGAGGAGUGGCAGAGGUCGGAGUUCUCAGCAUCUCAGAAGAGGCCCUAAGACAAGCCACACCUCUUCUCCAGAGUCUGGAGCCUCAGAUUGAAGUUGCCAACAGUUUUGCUCUUGAAGGUCUUGACAUCCUGGAAAGAAACUUUCCAAUCCUAAACCAGUCGACAGAAGAGGUGAUGACUCACUUGAAGGACGCUCUUUUCUUGACCCUGGACGACAUGCAGAUGUGGGUGGAUGGAGCUCUGGAUCAGCUGGAGCAUCUGGGUGAUGCAGUUCGGACGACCCUACAGCAGCUGCAGGAAACUGAGGUGGGCCAAGCCGCCUCAUCAGGACUGGACAACGUGCUGAGUCGUUUGGAGGAUGCCACUGCAUAUUACCUGCCCCUCCCACCUUUGCUGCGUCAGGAAUGGGAGAUGAGGGUGCAGGAGUUAGAGGAUGAAGACGAGGAUGACGAGCCCAGCCUGUGGAUCAGGGUCCGCAGCCUCCUGCUGGCCCUCAGCCUGCAGCUUUACUAUCGUAUGAUGAAGAUCAGAGAGCUGCUGCAGAUAGCUAUGGGGACGAUGGGAGACGCCGCUGACAAGGUGGGUCUGAGCUGGGUCUUGGAACUGACCGGCGAGCUACUGCAGUACCUGCAGAGCCUCUUGGUGGCGCUGCUGUACCAAGUAGAGGGUCUCAGAGAUACCACCAUCAGAGAGAUCAGAGAUCGAGCUGCCAUGUUGGCGGAGCUCAGACCGGUUCAACAGGUCAGAGAGCUCCCAGUCCAGGUCCAACAGGCACUCAAAGACCUGCAGGAACUCUCCAAGAUCCUUUUGCAGCUGGUGAUCAACACAACACCACUUUACAACAUGCUGCAGCAGCCGACCCACCAGGAGGUGGAGGACUUCCUUAACCGGGAGGAAUUUACUUCAGGCAGCUCAUCUCGCCGUAGCUCAGUAAACAGUCUCUUCCUGAAGGCAAUGGACGGCCGUCCUCGCCGCCGUCGUAGUCUUUACUCUCGUUCUAGCCGAGGCUCCGGAGGCCCCCUAACCCUCGACCCUCCCAACGGUCGCCGCUCCAGCCUGAAGGACCCCACCAACCCAGAGCUGGACAGCUUGGCCCUCCCUUCCGAAGGCAACGCCAUCCGACGACCAUCCGCUACCGAGCUGCUGCUCGCACCGCUCAAACAGUUUGUCUCCCAGAGCCAGAAGGCCUUUGAGUUCCUGAGCUCCAAUUCCACCGACAACGCCGCCAUCACUACGGAAGAAGAGGAAUCUUAAACACCAGUCUGUGGUUUGACCCCACCCCAGUCCCAAGUCGAUCAUAACCUCUGACCCUGUCCCCUGACUGGUCUCAGCCUAGCGUCUCGGUCCGUGAUGAUGACAUGCCUUUGCCUCAGCUGCUGCUGGUUUGUGCUUCGUGUUGAGCCAGAAAGCCGUUGACAAAUUAUCGCUCAGUCACUGAUGCUGGAAUUCUGAUUCACUGAGGACACAAUAGCUCUACAAACACCUGUAAGGAGUGGGGAAUUAUGGGUAAUCAGAGAGACUGAUGGGUACUUCAGUUCAAUUGAUUUUAUACAAUAUUAGUGAAAAGCUUGUUUUCAUCUAAUUCUGUCAAAAACAUGACUAAUAUGAUUGCAGCACACAGUGUAAUUCAUUUACAAAAGUUUAAUGGGGUUAACUAACCUAAUGGUUCCCAUGUGUUCAUUUUAUGUCUGGUUUUGUUUUUAUUGAGUUAGUGAUUCAUCCAGAUUGGCUCUGAACUGCUUGGUGGUAACAACAAUAUUCAGACAGGUUUUACUAAAUUUGAGGCUUGAGCUAACAGACAGGAAUUUAUUCAUAUUAGAAGAAAAAGAACUGGACCGAGUACAGAUCCCUGUGGGACACCUCUGAAAUUUCAAAGGUGCAACAAAUUUAAAACCGGUUGCCACUGAAAAAAAACACAACAGAAACUAUUUCCAUGUUUCCAC